CUUGCAUUCCAUUCACCUCACUUGUCAACAAUACGCCAUCAAACUUGUUUGCAGUGUGCUUCACAACUUUGAGCCAGGAAAAAUGGGCAACAUGUUUGUGCAGUUUGUUUUGCAAUGCAUUCACUCUAACGGAUCACGUCCAAAAAGUACACAGAGGUCAAACAACGUCCCACAUGUUUGCCUUUCAGGGUGUUGAAAUGUUUGUUUUUUUGGUGGGAAUUGUCCUUAAGCACCAAAUUCACCUGUUGCUUCCUGGCAUCCAAGUGCAUCGCAGGCUUGAACACCGCCUUGCAUAGCAUUGCACGCCGAGAUGUGCUGCUGUAGAAGGCAGCCAGGGAUGCCAUGAUGGCUUUGCGACUAACGUAGAAAGGGCGAUUAUCGCAGGUCGCAGCCGAUGAUGGCGGAUGAGUUUUUUUUUUUUGACUCGCCCGGACGACAAGAACGCUCAUGUUGAAUGGUGCUUUGCCUGAAGCCCUGAUGAUUGUCCAGGAGUAGAUCGGUGUACUUUAUUCAUCCCCUUGCUAAGUUGUUGUUGUUGGAUCAGGGUCCGCAGGGUAGAAGUGACCCUGUUACUAGUUAAACCUCACCAUUGAUGGGCCCAGUUCAGAGCAAGGCGUGCCCGUUCCACUUCUUCGAAGAGAUCGGGCAUUGUCAUGAAAACUUAUUAUUUCUAAGCAUUGUCAAAGGAAAUGCUUUAAGCACAGCUGCAGCGAUUCGGUUGCAAGAAAAUAGUUAUAUUUUUUACAUUUUGGUAACAGCAGGGGUCUUACUUGUGACAUUCUGAAGAUUGCAAAAGAGUCCGGUCCUAUUGAAAUGUCGGCCUUGAUUCCUGUUUGACAAGGCGUUGAGCUUGGGAAUUGUAUGGCCUUGAACAAAAGUGCUCACCUCAAGCAGCCAAAGAGCUGCUUUUCAAAAGCGAAAGCGCGGUGUCCAUGACGGCCACCAAUGUUUUUUGGUGGUUGGUGGCGUGGGCCUCCCUUGCCUUGAUCUUGUACUUGCAGCCCCGGAUCUCACGCCAUUGGGAGAAGUCGGAGGGUGACGGUUCGUCUGCGCGUGAUGAAGGUCACGGAAGCCUCCGAACGGUCAUGGUGGUGAACGAGCACGGCGGAGCAGGCGACAGUUUCGAGAAAAGGGAAAGAAGCAAAUUUGAAGUGGAAUCUCAUGUGGUGUGGUGCGGAAUAUGGUCCAGCUUCUCGGUUCUGUGGUUGCUACCCUUCAGCCUGGUGGUGUGGAGCUUUUGCAUUUGGCUCCCCACGACUUGGGCCAACUUCUUUGCCGUCACUCUGCAGCUCGCCUGCUGGGCCAUCGCCUUCACUGUGAUGAUUGGCAACUUCCUGCAGUCGCUCUACGUGUCGGGCGAUCGCCCCCGCAAGAGUGAGAUGGUCCGAGCGAUCCUUCUACUGGUUCUCGCCUUGAUCGCGAUCUUGACGGUGACCGCCACGGCCUGGAGUGUGAAGAGACAUCUACACCAGGGAGUCUGUGAGGGCGGGGUACCACCUGCCUUCUUAAAGCCACUUGAAUCCUUUACAGACUGCAAUGAUGACAGCUCCAAGCCAGAAGCUUGCAAACAGAUCCAAAAGGAGGAUGUCGUCACGGACAUUGAGGGUGGCAUUGAGUGCUUCGAAUGGUGCCGUGGCCGUGAUCUCUUUGUGCCCUACUUCGCCGACACCCACGACAUUGUAUGCUUCAAAGCAGAAGCUUGGGCGGCGUGUGCCAUGUUUGAUGUCUUUGGAACAUCCUUUCCUGUUCUGGCAAUUCUGUCAGCUGUGCUCUAUGGACUGCCUCAGUUUUAUGCUUGGGUGCAAAGAAAGCUGGCUGAAAGGAAAACACACCACCUGGUGAGAGGUCAGACAGAUGAGGAAAGCUCCGAGAGUUAUGAGCCUCCCUCCGAGACCAGUUUCCGUGAAGAAGGGCCUUACCGCAGUCAGAGUUGGCUGUAUCGCAUCCUUGGUGUAAGGAGCGAUAAAGAUGCAGAGACCUUGAAUUUGAGGCUUGCUCAUCUCUUGAACACCGUAGAACCACUGGCUGAUGUGUACAGUGGCAUAGGUCUUCUGGAACAAGGCCAGCCAUACUAUGGUUUCUUCAUGCUUGCUGCAACUUUGGUGCCGAAUUGGUUGAAUGGAAGAGAUCUCUUCCAAGUGAAAAUGUCUGAAGCGAUCGAGGACUCCAUUCGCAAAGGCUUUCCAACUCAUGACUUGCUCAAGCACCAGGACCGAGAAGGUCGCUAUGAAGGGACCAUGUCUGCCAUCGUCGCGGUGUGUGCGUUCAUGCGCACCCCUUCGUUGCAGAUCUAUACGGUCAUUUCACUGGUCUUCGGCUUCACCAGCUCUGCGCUUCUGAGCAUUCCUGCCGCAUGCCAGGCCAGUGUGCUCUUAGAUUCGGGUAUCCACCAGGAUGACUACUACAACGCCGUUCAACUUCGGAAGCAAAUGACCAUGGGUGAGAUGUACUAUUUAUCUGCUUGGACCAUUGGACUUGGCAACACACUGGGCUGGUUCCUGUGCUCAUGGCAGCACCUUUGGACGAAGAUACACAACGACACCUUUGGAGCGAGCUCGCUGUGUGAAGUCUUCGCCGUGGCCUUUGGCUUUGGAGUCCUGGUGUCGGCGGCCCUGGGCCUGAUGGGCCGUGGUACCUUCCUGGAAAAGGCCGGACAUUUGAUUGGGACUUUGUUGUCUCUAUUGUUUUGGCUCAGUGUGUGCUUGGAGGACCUAGAUGUCCUUCUCAACAAUCGAUGGUUCGAGGAUGGAUUAACAUGGCAGACCCGAAAGCAGAUUGGCUGUGUGGUGGGUUUGAUUAUGAGUGUCUGCCAGAUCUGGCUCUUUUGGAGUUUCAUGCCAGAGAUUCGUGAGCACAAAUUCCAACCUGGACGCUACAGAUUGAAGCAGCGCAUGGGCGAAUGCAUCCUGGCGCACCAAGAGGUGAGGGUGGCAGACGUCCAGGAAAAAGAUGGCCAAUAUUGGGGCAUAUUGGCCGAAGGCAAGUGGAUUGAGUUGUAUUCAACAGCAAAACCAGACUCCCAACAUGACUAUAGCUAUCGGGCCAAAGAGUUGCAGUACGUUUCUCGCUUCAAGAAGAAGCGUGGCAAACUUGAUGCACGAGUGGAUUGUGAGCGAAAAGCGAAUGAAGUAGUGGAGAUUUGCCAGAUCAGGAAGAGUGGUGACUCCAUCAAUGGACGCCUGGCUGGUUCCGAGGUCUACAUCCAGUUGGCCGACAACACUCCCGUCUUAAAGUUCUUAGGAUUUGUACAAGGCCAGUCGAAUGCUGUUCGGCUCCACUAGUCAAUGUCCGCAAUCGCCCCAAGGGCGACCGAUGCUCCUCAGGAGCGGACCUACUUUCGACGAAAUGCACUGAUCCGGCUUUCGGAA